GGAGGCCAAAUCUGGCAUUAGGGGCGGGCCAACUCGCGAUUGGCUCAGAUUUGAGAUAAGCGGUUGCUAGGGGAUACCACUCGCCAAAAGCCUGGCAUUCGCUGAUAUAAAGGGCGUCUCAACCGAUCACUUGUCGUUACAGGCCGGGGGGGCCGUACCAAUGAGUUCAGAACCAAUCUGUGGUCGAAGUAGGGACAAGAGGGAGGGGACAUUCUCUCGCCAAUCGGAAGUGUAAAGAGGCGGGCGUGCCAGUCCGUGGACUGCUACGACGCCAUGAAUAUCUUGCCCAAGAAGAGCUGGCACGUCCGGAACAAGGACAAUGUUGCCCGCGUGCGACGUGACGAGGCCCAGGCCCGGGAGGAAGAGAAGGAGCGUGAGCGGAGAGUGCUGCUGGCUCAGCAAGAGGCCCGUACAGAAUUCCUACGGAAGAAAGCCAGACAUCAGAACUCACUGCCUCAGCUUGAGGCAGCAGAGGUGGGAGCCCCAAGUUCUGGCCCUGUGGAUCUGUUUCGAGAGCUGCUGGAGGAAGGGAAAGGCCUGAUCAGAGGCAAUAAAGAGCACGAGGAAGAAAAGCGACAGGAGAAAGAGAGACAAGAGAAAGCUCUGGGCAUCCUGACAUACCUGGGCCAGAGUGCAGCGGAGGCCCAGACUCAACCCCCUUGGUACCAGCUCCCACCAGAGCGAGGGGGCCACCCACCUGGCCCAGCCCCAGAUGAGAAGAUCAAGAGCCGCCUGGACCCUCUGCAGGAGAUGCAGAAGCAUCUGGGGAAGAGGAGACGGCACAGCAGUGAUGAAGGCAAUCACAGCAGAAAGGAAAAGAAGGAGGGGUCUGAGAAACAGCGACCUAAGGGGCCUCCAUCCCUGGACCAGCUUCGAGCUGAACGUCUUCGGAGGGAAGCAGCCGAGAGGGCUCAAGCGGAGGCCCUGCUGGCCCGGGUCCAAGGCCGGGCACCACAGGAGGGUAAGCAGGAAGAGGAAGAGACAGAUGACCGGCGGCGGCGGUACAACUCCCAGUUCAACCCCCAGCUGGCCCGGCGCCCCCGCCAGCAGGACCCUCACCUUGCUUACUGACUCCUGAGGGGGUACAGGAGAGGCCGCUACUGCCAGCCGUCAUAUAAAACUAUUUAUUCAUAAAUAUUUUCCAAAAUGAAAAUAGGUUUACCAAAAAAUGUCCCUCACUGGGGAGGGGAGGAGGGGGCAGCCCUCGCCCCCGGGCCCCCAGGGUGGGGCUGAGAAGAAACAUCCCGGCCCCUUCCCUGCUUCCUGGGAGAGGGGGAUGCCCCGUGGCCUGGGGCCUCCCUCCAGUCUUCCAGGGCAGGGCCCUCACCUGGGCAGGGGGAUCAGCAUGCGGGGGAGGGGGUUGGUAGAGGGAGGGGCCGGUGUCACUGGAGGUCCCGGUCCUCCAGGUAGCGGUACUCAAAGGUGAAGCCUUCCUUCUUCCGCUGGCCCCACUUCUCGUAGUCAAAGUAGAUGUAGGUGCCCUGGCCGGGGGAGAAGGCGGUCAGUGAGUGGACGAAGAGGUGGUCUGGGAUCUGGGCCGGACCAACAGACAAAGGGGACAGUUCUUAGGCCUGUGGAUGUGCCGGGCACUGGGCCAGCUGCCCUGCACACACGUGCACUCAUUCUACCCUCACAAGGUGGUUCUUGGGUUAUAAACAUUACAUGCCCACUUCAUCAAGGAGGAAGCGGAGGGAACAGCAGAGAGCUUCCACCGAGGCCAGCUGCCAGAGUGGGGCCCCAGCUCCAGGCCUGAGUGAGUACAAGGCCUUUGUAUUCUUGAGGGCUGUGGCUUUUGAACAUCUCUCUUGUGCAAGUACAGGAUGCAUGGCCUAGCAUUUAAUCUUCACAAAGACCUCAAGGCAGUGGGUACUGUCACCCUUGUUCUAAAGAAUGGAACAUGCUCAGAAUCUAAAUCUAAGCACUCUGCAGGGAUAUUUUAUUGGCGGUGGCAGAGGUGUGGGAAUUUCUGAAUGACUGGAUGCCCUGAAAUGUACUAACUUGGAGGAUGGUUCUGGGCCAAACCAGGAAAGGAUAGAAGGUCAGUAGUUAAUGUCUGAGGGCACGAUGGGAGAGGAGCUAGCUUCUGAAUGAACGAAUGUCUGAAAUGCUUUCAAGAAUGGCAGCCUGGGAGAACUAGGAGAAGGGACUGAGUUCUCUGAGGACAAGGACUUUGCAACAUUCAUCCCCAUGAAGGGGCUCGGCAUCAGGGAAGUCUUUGGUGGGGGAAAAAAAAAAUCACUGUGGAACACACCAACUGUAAGUAAUUUGAAAAAAAAAAAAUCAUGACACUUACUACGUAGCAGUCACCAUCAAAUACUUACAUGUUAUUAACUCAUUUAAUCUUCAUAACAACUGCAGUAGGAGGGCCUCUUCCCCCCAGUUUUUACAGAUAAGGAAAUUAAGACAGAGGUUCAAGUGACUUGCCCAAAGUCACCCAGCUAGAGCUGGGCUCAAACCCAGGCAGGCUGGCUCCAGAGUAUUUGCAAGAAGCAUGAAUUGCCAAUUAUUAGAACUUGAAAAGACCAUUAAAAAAAAAAUAGCUUC